AUGAAGACGGUUUUAAUGUUGGCCGAACAGAUGUUGUGGCGUAUUGAAUACGUCCAUUCAAAGACGUUUAUCCAUCGUGAUAUAAAGCCAGACAACUUCCUCAUGGGCAUCGGCCAGCGUUGCAAUCGACUUUUCCUCGUCGACUUCGGGUUGGCCAAAAAAUACAGGUUUGUUUUCCUAUCAUAUUUUACUUCGACAGAGAUAGUCGCACUCGGCUGCACAUACCGUUUCGGGACGACAAGAACCUAACAGGAACUGCAAGGUAUGCAAGCAUUAACGCCCACGCGGGAUACGAACAGUCGCGGAGAGACGAUAUAGAAUCUCUCGGAUAUGUCUUCAUGUACUUCCUGAAGGGACAAUUGCCGUGGCAAGGCCUUCGUGUAGGUCACCACUUUUUGUUAGUUAUAUAUUCGUUAUCUUUAUAUGUAAAAUGUUUAAAGAGGCGUAAGAAUCAAAUGUAGAGAUUUUGUUGAACACUCAAUUUUUCAACCCCCGAAGUCCAAGCUGGCUGCACUUCGCCUAAGGAACUUUUAGAGCAGUCAACUAAUUAUAUUGGCAGCCCCUCAAUAAUCCAUCAAAAAGUUUAUUAGUUAUUGAUUAAGAGUUAUUGACCUCUUCCACAGUGACUGCCCACAUCUGUACUGAGCGGUGCCAGUUAUUUCGUUCCGGGGUUCAUUUUUAUCGAAAUGUUAGAUUUCAUUUCGUAACAAGUGCCCCUCAUUCAAUAGAUCGUACUUAUUAUGGCACUAUGACUGCCUCGGGGCUUCCACCUUGCGGGCCAAUCGGGUCACGAAUAAUCGGGCUUGUUUUCAAUCGGGCGACACGGAGCUCCCGAACAAAAUCUAGCCAGUUAGUACUCAGGACCCGCUUUCAUUGCCCACUCCCUGCUUUCGCUAAUAAGGGGAACGCAGUUGAUCGGUUGCGCUCUUGUCCGACUGUAUCAUCCCUCUUAAUACAUGUAUGCUCGGUACGGCUGUGAUCUAGCCCGUCUUGAAUAUAUCGCGAGUUGUGCUUCCAAGCGUGGCUACAUAUGGCAGCGGAGUUGUAGAAUUCGAUUCAAUCCUUUUCAGCAACGAGCACCGAAUAUCGAAGGUACGAAAAACACCGUGCUUUGACAGACUGUGUUGGGGCAGGUUUUGACUUGGCUUUCCUCGUUGCCUUCAAGUGGACAGUGGCGCUUAUUAACAGGAGCGGCACCGAACACAUUGGACGGACCAAGAACGUUUUCAAGUCACCUUGGGGCUUACUCUUCGGUGACCUGAGCUAUCCUUGUGAUGUCCAAGCGACUCCGACUCUUGAUUUAAGAAAAAGUCGGUACACUAGAGGAGACAACUUCGAACAAACAAUCCGAGCGGCUGUUGAGGACCCGCCUGCACCCAAAAUUCCCAAGAAACCUAGUGAAAUAUGCCCUACCACAGUAUUAUGAUCCAUUUGACGGCGUCCGCGGGAACCGACGCGCUCCGCAACCCUGGUCCAGUGGUGCGUGCAAGUAGUAUGUCAACUGGAUUACUCAAUCGGGAACGGACUCUCGGUAUUAGAUGCUGGAAUGUGCGAACGUUCCUGGAUCCUGGUACCCGAAGUCUGACCACAUGCAGCCCCAAUCAGUACAAUGUUGGCAAUGUGAUUUGUGCAACAGCCUGAAAAUGUAUGCCAAGAUAAAACCCCAUAUGACACGAUGCAGUCCACUGACAGUUAAGUGGGGUCCUUCUCUGUACCGUUGCCAACGUGGAUGUCUUCUCUCUAUUUGAAAUCUGACUUCCUGACUCAGACUGUCGGGAAAUAAAGAUUCCGAGAGUCGACUAACACUUCACCCUGUAGCGCAGCGGCCCACGUGACUCUCCCGUUAGACACGAUGUGGCGAUCGCCCUCUCGCAAUAAGCGAACCGUAUUUGCUAGGGAACCGGUCAAUGACCGGAUGGCGUAUGUGCGACUGAAGAGUCAGUUCGCGAACAUCUCCAUCGUCUUUGUGUACGCACUAACUUCAACUGUCGAACAGCGCGAUAACGAGACGCUUUACUCACAGGUGCAAGCGUUGGUUGAGAGACUCCUACGCUGUUAUCUGCUGAUUGUUGCCGGGAGCUGGAUUGGCGGGACUGAACCUGGCGACUCUACAAAUAGUCUCUUAUUGAGCACUUUGGACUUGUUUCUUGAUGUGGCAUUGGCGAGCGAUUGAUGAGGCUUGGUGAUCAAAACCGACUGCAUGUCGCCAACACGUGCUUUCAGCAUCGAAAAUAUUGCUGAAUUAGUAUUCAAACGACAUCACUUCGACCUCUGCGGCCGUCAAUUUCGGUGAAUUUGUCUCCCCGUUUAUUACAGCUAAUCUCAACAUGCCAUUGAGUCGCCGUUACUCGACCGCGUCUGUGGCUCGCUCAGUACUUGCAUCAUAUUUGUCACUUUCGGGAACGUUUUCUUUUUUUUUUGUCAGUCAACCUUGAGUUUCCCAGUCCAUCACUUUCGACGUAGGGGAGUACUUCACGUGGCAUGUGAACUAUGAAGAGUGAUCUCACCUGUUGUCGGACAAGGUUCCUCGUCUCGCCUGAUCAAAAUGCUGCUUGUUGCUGCGCGUGGAGAUGUGCUACCUGCGGCGUCACAGAAGCCGGCGAGGUCGGAAAUGGUUACAGCUACAGGACGCAGGAGUACACCGCAAUAGCGAUGACUUUGUCAACGACACUGCGAAGAUACCAGUUCAGCCCUCAUUUAAACCUGUUCUCAGGACACAAGCAAAGCUGUGGCUUGAUUGUUCCGCAUGGUUGCGACCCCACGUUGACCAGAGUUGUCGAUAACACCCUUGUGGUAUAAGUAGAAAAAUUUGACUGGACCCUGAUGCUACGCGACUCGUGAUUUGGCAGGGCUGUCUUAGGCGCGUAAUGUUCACAUUGUGCAUUAUCAACGCUUUUACGGUAUGGCCCUGCGUUGCCGGCACAGAAGAGCCCACUUCCCAGCAUGCGAUGCGCACUUUUUUCUUCCAAAGGACCUGGCUUGCCUACUCACCAUUCCACUCCCUGGCGGAGGUUCGGACGUGUCCGUUUCUGCAGACGAGAUAACUGAUAAGGGGACUUGCAUGAAAUAGUGUUUAAGGGCUUUGGUGGGAUUUUGGCCCUCCCAUCCUUGACUUGAUCCGUAGGUGAAGAUCCAGCCCUGAAGGCAUUAGUUGCAGGAAGAGCGCAGUUAAUAGUGGUUGAUGCUGUCACAGUGUCGUGAUCUAACUGUGAUGCAUUUGAUAAGGAAGUCGGCUUGCAUGUCCUCAAUCUUCCUUGUCCUUUUGACACCCACUGCGACCUCUGAUCUGCUAGACGUAAGUCGGCUUAUCUUGCAGCCAACCUUCGGUACAGGCUGCUCCACUAUUUGACCUCGUGGGCUUGUCGGGGUUGCCAGAUACUAGUUUAACGGAUGCCACUGUCUUCCUGGAGUUUCUGUAUUCCUUCAAAGUCUGACAACGCCAUCGUAGCACGGCUGCCAUGAACCACCAUUACGUAGGUUCUCGUGCUACAAUUGACAUGCGUCAAGGUUUCUAUGAGCGCAGCUCGCAGAAGGGACAACCUCUGAAUAGCGAUGCGAGAGGCUGUUGAGGACAGGUCUAGACUUUUCGGGAAAGUGCUACCCGGUCAAAUCAGACAUGACCAAAAUCGAAUCAGGCACGAAUGCGUGGACCACGUUCCAAAUCGCUAUAGGAUUGUCUUGAUUUAAGUUUCGUGUGCCAAAGUUUAGUCGUCUGACAGAUCCUACACCAGUUCUAAGUGUUUCGCCAUCGGAGGAGAGCUUGAUUCCUCACUUUUCCUCCCCUUUUUACAAUAGGUUUGUCAAAGCUGAUAGAAACGCUGAAAGCUGCGGUAUUUUCAAAUACAGUUGGGUCUGCCAUUAUCAGCAUGUUGGAUUAUUUCAUCGGAGGUUCCACCUAGGCAGGUACGGUGGUACUUCAUCUGACCCAAAACCCCUGACACAUUUCUUUACCGGCUAGUUUUCCUCUGAGUGCGCUUGCUUCCGUAUGACAAAAGGGUUUGAGCUACCAAGACCGAAGCCUGUUUUAGUAACAGUAUCCAUGAUACGGCCAGCAUAGUAUCCACAAUCGGACUGCGCCGUCUCGCAACGGUUAUUUUUGGUCGUAGCCCAGUCCCCACGAACGCAUGUUCAGAGACUUCCGCGUUGCCGGUGUAGCCACCACAGGUUGCGCAGAUGCCCCGCACCAAACCAGGUCAGCGGACUCGGACAAGUAUGCGGCCGACUUUUUUGAGUGGGAUCGUCUACUGAUUAAUGAACGUCCAGAUGCCGGUGGAGGUUUCCUAAGCAAGUAUUUUUAACGACCGUUCGGUUCGCCACUGUGGACUUGAGAGACCGUUUGUCACUCGCUCAGUGGUUUCCUACUGCGUGAUGGUAAAGCACUCGCAGGUUACGUCCGCGUCGUACCACAUUAACGUUCGCACUGUAAGUCUCUGGCGGACUUGGUAAUCUUUUAAGCAUUAAAUGUUUGAUUUGCGUUUCCGUCUUACUACUUAAACGCCUAUUUAACAUAUUUACCACCUGACCUGCUGAGAAGUACGCUGGGCGUGGGUUUCUGAGGGCGUCGUAGUAUGAGUCAACAGCGGUGAUUAAGGUUUUGGGGCAUAAUCUGCGACAACCGUGACGUUAACUUUGCCACCACGUAGGCAUACAAAUGCCAUUCAUUACAUCAGGGAUUCUCAGCGCAUGCGUGCAGUUUUUACUGAACACUACUUUCCACCAUCAAUGGGGUGAGCGGUCAGCAUAGAUGUCGUUAAGUCCCACUGCUUAGUAGUACCGCUUUUCUGUCUAUUCUGACUGGUUUCGAUUUCGCGCGUGACUCACAUUCACUCGCGGUGGUCUUUGCAGCUUAUCUGGUGCAUUCCGCAAAUCUCAUGCUGUGAUGGUAUAGACUGAAUGUAGAAGUCCAAUAAUGGUCUCAGCGCCCUCAGGUACCUUGUUGAACGUGAGUUCUUGUUGAUGGUCCCUUCGCUUUCAUUGGAUUGCCGCCAAGCUUCUCUCACUCAGCGUGAGUUGUCAUAGGACCGCAUAAUGACUCAUUACUACCUGAUCCCCAGUUCAGAGUUCCAGUUGGCAUCCUCAUAAGUCACGACUUUCCACCCUUCGUGUUACCUCAAGGACUCGUUAGAUUUAUUUUCAAGGAAAAACCGGGCAGUAGUACCGACCUUCCCUCACCCCUUCCAAACCAGGGGCAGGACUGUGUUAAGCAGAAUAAAGAUAAGAUCAGGUACGGUCGCUGACGGACCACUCUGCCCAGCUUUGGAACCUAACUAAAGAGUCGUUGGAAAAUCAAAUCACCAGACGUUCUUUGUGUUGUCAGAUAGUCCCAUCAAACACAACUGAUUUUAAUAAGCCUUCAACAAAUCAUCACCGUUAUCACAUCCGCCAGAGCUAGUCACUGCAAAGCAUGAACUGGAAUUCGACGCUCCAAAGUGACUGUUCUGCGCCUCUUCACUGUUUUAGCAAUGAUUGACUAUUUAUGCGGGCUCUAAUUUAUGAAGUUAGAAACUGGCGGAUAAUUGAGUCCCAGACCGUUACGGUUAAGAGAACAAGUAUUAGUUUUAUGUCCUAUGUACCUUUGUAAGCAUUAAAGUUACUCAAGUUCUCUUGGCGAGCUUCGAGGUCAGGAAUCACUUCGAUUCAAUUUAAACAAUUUGUUCUUUUCAGGCCGCCACAAAGAAGCAGAAGUAUGAGAGGAUUUACGAGAAAAAACUGGCUACAACACCUGAGGCUCUUUGUCGCGGUUACGCUAUUGAAUUUGAGAAAUACCUCCAAUACGCCCGCGACAUGGCCUUCGAAGCACCACCCGACUACCUCUACCUUCGCCGAUUGUUCCGCAAACUCUUCAAGAGCUUCGAUUUUGCCUGGGAUAGUGUUUACGACUGGACCCUUAUGAAACAAAAACCCGCCUCCAACAGUCAGCAGCUACCUCCAGGGGCUGCAUGCCAUCCCGGCAACGGUCUCGACACGACGGCGCGGGGGACCACCGGUGGCCACCAUGGUCAUCCGACCUUGCCAAAUCAGCACAUGUCGUACAUGCUCCAGCAACAGCAGUCUGGUGACCAGACCCAACAUGUGGACAUGCACCAGCGCCUGCAGCAUCACUCGGCUCAGGCGGUCCAGCAACAGCAGCAGCAAGCCUCAGAUUUCCGUCCCCGAUUUGUUGACGGCAAUGCAAACGCCAACAAUAGUAAUACUGCAGUUCAAGGCUCAGGCGGGCAACUAGGCGGUGCCCACUAUAACACGAAUAUCAGUGUGGAUUACCCGCAAGGUGGCGGCGGUGGUGGUGGUGGUUACGUGGCUGGUACUGGCGCAGGAGGCAAUGGUAAAGAUCCCAACGGUCGGUUUUAA